AUGGACACAGACGAGGCGCACAGAUCUGAACGCACUCCCCCUCUUCCUCCAUCAGUGCACAGUGCUACGGUCACUCCACCUGGAACGGCUCUCCUACCGUCUGUCUCUCCAGGCCACGACCGGUCGAAUGCCUCGCCCGUCUCAUUACUUGGCACUUACUGCAUGAGGAACCGUCCCAGUGAUCAUGCUAUCGCUGUCGAUGGCCGUGCCUCGAUGGACUUCGUGAGCAGGGGUCUUAUGAACACCAGCUCCGCCGAGGUAGCCUUCAAUGCCUUCUUUGCUGGCUGUGACCGCUUUGUGCCGAUAUUCGAUCCUUCUUACGACACAUUCGAUUCCAUUAGGCAACGAAGCAGCCUCUUGUUCGAUGCUCUCUGCACUGCUGGCAUCACCGUGGCUGAUAACGAGACACAGCUACCGCAGAUGCUAAACUUCGAACUGAAGAAGCAUGUGAACCAGGUCAUUGUUCAAAGCCAGCCUAAAGUUCUGGAAACCGUGCAAGCCUUAUUGGUGAUUGCCUGCUAUUCACCCGAAAGGUCGCUUCUUCUAUCGCUCGCAACACGAUUUGCAAUCGACAUCAAGCUCAACCUGGCAUUUGAUGAGCUCAUGUCAUCCGCUCUGGAGGAAGACGAUUCAGCGGUGGACCUACCAUAUCUGACACGCUGCUCGCGCACCUGGUUCGAGAUUAUGGUUCUUGACAACAUGCUGCAGGUUGAUGCUGGCAACCUCCCGGCGCUUAGACCCGAGGGCCACAUGCGGCGAUGUCGGGCAUUUCUACAGCAAAAACAUACCACCCCACUGGACCUCCGCCUCUUGUCUCAAGUGGAAUUGAAUAGCCUGCGGACAGAGAUUCACGCCGGGUUUGCUAAGGAGGACUCUGGGGCAGACUCAGACAUCCUCAAAGCAACUAAUCAUGCAACGAUCGACAUCAACCUGUGGUAUAGCGAAUGGAAGGCAAUGAUGGAGAGCUCCCCCGUGGCGAACCUGGAGCUCCCAUUAUUACUCAUCAACCUUCGAGUCCAAAAGCACUGGUGCAAAGCAAUGGCUUAUUUUCGCGCACUAAAGUGCCUUGGUACCGAGAAUGUCGAUGCAUUAAGCGCGAUCGGCCUCAAAAUUCUGAGCAUGGCGAAGGUCGAGCUUCGAGCUCAUCUAUCGGCCACCCUCGAGGAACCUAACCUAUAUUUGCCAAACCUGCGCUUUGCUAUGGACUUUGUCUGGGCCAAAUGUGCCUUCUGCUUCCUUCUGGUGCUCAAACUUACGCGCCUACUCCCGGAGAGCCAGACAGAAAGCUACCGCCUUCUCGAGGAGGGCAACCAGUUGUACCGUCAGAUGCUUAAUGCACGAACAUGUGCUGGGACCACCACUAGCCGGAUCUACGUACAGGUGCUGGGAAUGAGCAUCGAGAAGUAUAGCAGAGCCCUGCAGCAACAUUACGAUCCCCAGGUAACCACGAAUAGCUCGCCACCAGCCUUUUUCUGGGAGACGUCAGAUGCCAAUCUCGAACUUCAGAGUUUUGUGCCCGAGCAAUUCGUGUUUGAGUGGAAUUUCCCUGGUCUGACGCUCUUCUCGAGUCCUGCCAGCUGGCAAAACUUCUUCGAUGACUAUCUCCUGGGCGCUAAUCAUUCUACCGACCAGGCCUUGCAGAGUUGA